CCGUCGAAAUUUCUAAGAGGACUGAGUGUCGUAGAUUGAUGAAGGCUAUGAAUAUUUUUUUGCCCCCUACAGGUGAUCAGUUGAACUUGAGUUUCCGGUGUUCUGUGUGCGCUCUGUGGUGCUCGGCGUGUGUUAUGAACAUGUCCGCCGGGAAGAAAUUUGUGCCCAUCUUCGAACGAUUUCCGGCGCAUUAUCGCCGCUUUCUCGAAGAUAUGAAGAGAAAGCCCGCUCCUGUACACUACAAGCCUCCGGCGGAGAAAUACGUCAGGCAUCCCGUAACGCAAGUCAUCUUGAGGACGGAGGAGAGACCAAUUCGUGUGGUGUACCCAAGGGAAUGUCAUGAAGGCAUCUGGGGUGGAGAAGGCAUUGUACCCGGUUAUGCUCCGGAUAGCAGCGGGUACCACGUCAAGUACUUCACGCCGCAGUUGAAGCGGUUUGUGGUUUACAGCGAGAUCCUGGACAAGUACAUGCGCGUCACGGUUACCGAGAGGACAUUGAUCCUCAUCAACGAACAUUGCGGGUUCGACCUGUACAUCUUGAAGACUCCAGUGCAAGAUCUACACUCACAGCUUGCACUUGAUCUCAGGCGGAAAAUGUUGCUGGCUUUGGCAAGGAAAGACCUGUACCCCGACAACCCGGAGAAGCAGAAAGCAAUGCUGGAGAAGUACAAGGACUUUAUUGUAUCUGAGGAAGAAGCGGACUGGUUUGGCUUGACACUCUGGAAGGCCGAGAAGAAGCUCAUGGACUACGAGGAUGCCCUUCCGAAGCCCAAGCCUCUCAAGUAUCAGUUCCUGAACGACUUCAUCGAGGAGCUAAAGCUGAAAGAGGUGAAGAAGAAGCAGGAGGAGGCAGCUGCCGAGUCGCAGAAGAGCUGGGUCUCAAAACUCAACCCAUUUAGGCGGUCAACAUCGUCGGAUACAAACUCGUAGCCGUCAUCACCACCAUUAGUUCAAUUUAGUCAAACAAGUCAAUUAAUAAAGCGUUUUCGUUGCCAA